UUGUGCCUGCCAGUACUCCUGGAAGUUCCUUUACUGGACCCAACAACACCCAAGGUGCCCCUACAGGACCCACUAAUCAAAGAGGUCUGCCUGCCAAGAGAGGAGCUACUGGAGGUCGAGGUCAAUUUGUCAGGGGAGGUCCUGCUGGACGAGGAUAUUUUAGUGGCCGAGGAGGUGCCAGUGCAAUCCAAGGAAAUAAUUCACAACCUUCAACUAAUUCCUCCAACCGUAGCUCAAAUAAAAAGAAGUACCGUCGAUCUGCUGCAGGAUGGAAAAAGCAGGAAGCUAGAAAGAAGUUCUUUCAUCCAGAUUCUGGGGAAGACAUCAAAGCUGGGAGAAUGAGAGAGCAAAUGUAUCUCUUCAAUUCAGCAUACAAGGAUUAUGCAUCUCUUGCGUAUGAUAAAAUCUAUAAAAAUAAGUAAGACAACAAGAGAGUUCACCCGUCGAAUGUCUUCCAUGUACCGUCCUUGACUUGAUCUUGGCCUUUUCAGAUACCACGGACCACAGCUACAUAUCUUCUACAUUAGUUUAUAAACAUUAACGAAAAUUAUUAGUUUGUGAUAUAGUAUAAAGGACAUAAUUAUUUUGUCAUUUAACUUGAAAAGAUAAAAAAAUUGUAAUUUUUAUU